GAAUCCCGCAUUUGGGAAACUGGGGGCGAGUGUCGGCGUUUUCCCCCUUCAUUUUUGUUGGGACUUCCCACUGCAAGAAGGGCAACAGUUGAAGAACUUCGCAAUCUUCCCCAGCGCGCGCUGGCUUCCCACGUCCUCCAGCUGCAGGACUUACCUGGCCUACUGCUUCUGACAGUGAGCUGGCAUUCAGACUAUGAAGAUGGAAUUUGUGUGACAACUGCACUGAGUUCUGUGUUAAAAAUAACUGAGACCUCACCAUUUAAAAUGGAUAUCGGAGAAAAUGCCAGCAUUCAUGAGACCAACCCACAGUUAACCUCACUGCACACCAGCACCUCUUCCCAAGGUGCCUUGAGAAUCAGAACAGACUCACCUCAUGGGGAAAACACAGUGUGAAUUAUCCACAUCACAAGAGAGGCUACAAGAGCCAGAGAAGGCCCUGCUCUGACAGUACCCUUCCCACAUUUUUCUUUCCAGAGUGUGUUUAGUAGCAUAAUGGGGCCAACCAGGCUUGGCCCAGCAGCAUUGCGGCUGGAAAAAUGUGGCUUCACAAACAGCAUUUACGGUGAAGAGCCACUUUCCCAAUACUCACGGACCUCCUCCAGCCAGUACUGUCUGACUCACUCAUUUCACCCAGAAAGUGUGAACCUGUGCGGUCUUUCAAAGACCCCAGUGCCCAUUAUUACUGCAGGGGGGCUUGACUUGGCCUCGGUGGCCCUCUCGACUCAAGGCUCCAUAAUGUAUCAGUGUGUCAGUGAGGUACAGAGUGACUUGCCCUGGCCUUAUCCAGGUGAAAGUGACUUAUGUCAGUUAGCCAGCACCUUCUCUGCCCCAUCAGCUUCAUUCUCUCCUUCUUUCUCUACUCACUCCUACUGCAAUGGAUCAGAGCUGCUUAGCUCUCCAUCCCUGUCUACUCCUCUUGCUCCACCCAUGGGCCAGGGCUUCCUCACUGAUGACAAGCAGCAGGAAAUGCAUCCUGAAGUGUGUUUGUACCCAAAGACCCUCAAGCAAGAACCAGCGAGUAAAUUUGAAGCUUGCAAUAAGGAACUGUUUUGCAGUGAGAACAGUGAGGAACCAUUUAAUCUCAAUUAUAGGCACCGAUAUCCCUGCUCAAGCCCAAGUUCAAACAAGGAACUGACCCAGCAGGUAAAUCUACACAAAAGUCCAGCAGUGCCUCACAAGGACCCUUGCACUAUGUUGCAUUGCCCUGCGGAUAUUGAUCAGAAGGUCAAUUCUUUUGCUUGGAAUGAGCAGCCAUGCCAGUGGAUGGACUGCAGAGCAUCCUACGAGCAGAAGGAAGAACUGGUGAGGCACAUUGAGAAGGUUCAUGUUGAUCAACGAAAAGGAGAAGACUUCACCUGUUUCUGGGCGGGUUGCGUUCGUCGCUGUAAGCCUUUCAAUGCUCGGUACAAGCUGCUCAUCCAUAUGAGAGUCCAUUCUGGGGAGAAACCCAACAGGUGCAUGUUUGAAGGCUGCGACAAGGCCUUUUCCCGUCUGGAGAACUUGAAGAUUCACUUGCGCAGCCACACAGGAGAGAAGCCCUACGUGUGCCAGUAUUCCGGCUGUCUCAAGGCAUUCAGCAACUCCAGCGACCGCGCCAAGCACCAGCGUACACACUUGGACACGAAGCCAUACGCGUGUCAGCUCCCGGGGUGUUCCAAGCGGUACACUGACCCGAGCUCCUUACGCAAGCACGUGAAGGCCCACUCCGCCAAAACCCUGCACACGCCCGACAAGUGCUGUUUGGAUUUGGAGAGGAUGAUUGCGAAGGACUGCCUGACCUUGGAGCCUCUCCACAGCUCCGCCCCUUCCCUACAUGGGCGUGGUCAGCUAGAGCGCAGAUCUUUUUAUGAGCUUCAACAAAACAGCCUUACUGUCUUCUCGGGGAGCAGGGUCUCAUGUAACAUCACCUCAUCAGAAGCUGGCAACACCAUGCUGGUGAAGACCUCCAGACUCAGCAGCAUGGAGCUCAGUGACCCUAACCCCCAGACCCAGCCAGCCCCUUUGCACAACACCAAGAGCGCCCCAUACAGGCUGUCCUGUCCACUCUUGCCUGGAAGCAGCCUGGUCAGCAGUCCAGGAGAGGUCCAGCCAGCAUCCGUCAAACAAGCUCCCUCGACCAGCCCAACUCAAAACCUCGACUUGUUUCAGAGUGAGCAGUCUGUCAAACACCACGGGUUCCAGAGCUUCCACGGACGAUCAGACAGGAAUGAAAUUGAAGAUAAUGGAGCAAAGCUACACAACUGUGACAAAAACAGACACCCAUUCAUUCCCAAUCCUUCUUCGUCUUUGGAUUUUGGGUUGAGCCAGGACACUCAGACAUUUGGUGGACACCAUUUCUCAGCCUGCCCUGAUGAGGGCCUCCUGCUCCAGAUGGACAUGUACGACCACUGCCUGGGUCAGAUCUACUCUCUGUAUGCUGAGACAUGAUGCCCUGGAAAAUGGUCUUCAGUGUUAAACAAAGCCCAAUCAUCUCUAUGACUCUGGGCUAGCUGUUGCCUGCAUGACCUGGGUAAUGUAUGCUGCACAGAGAUGUUGGAACAUACAGUUUGGGACCAAUAGCUUCAGUCUAAUUUAUGGACUUCAACAAGUUCAUUCUGGACAAAAGUCUCUCAUUUUCAGAUGUUAUGUAGCACAGUAUUAAAGGGGCCAGAGCCCCAGAGAUGCUCUGUAUUGAUAUAUUGUUUACAGUGUGUGGGCAACGUGCCUUAAUUGCAGUUUUUUUCUGUUAUAUUACAACAGUACGUAUUGGAUCAGACUACUUCUCUGUCCUAAAUAAAAUUUCCUUGAAAACUGAA